AUGGUCGACGGAUUUAUGGUUCCGAUGAGUAUCACAAAUGUUGAGUCCUCUCCCCAAACACCCACUAAUAAGACUGGCUUUCAAUUCAGUGAUUAUAACAGAGACUUAAGAAGAAAUAAAUCAUUAGAUAUUUUGAAUGAAAAUCCAAACAUCAGAAAGAGUGACACCGAAAGGGAUUAUGUUUCGCACUCAUCUGUGACCACAGUAUUGCCUAAUGAAGUGACAUUUUCUUCAGUGCCCACCAGUACUCGAGUGAAAGAGUUAUCCGUUGGAAGUCCUGUCCUAUACUUUUCCAAAGAGUCGAAGAAUAAAACUGAGGAAAAGGCUAAGCGUUUAGAAAGUAAUGAAUGGGAGACAAGAAAUGCAACACAAAAUGUAAAUCAGACGCCAAAUAGCUCUGAGGCGACCAACGAAUACAACUCAUCCCUUACUAAAAGUCCAUUUGAUUACUUCUCUGUCAUUAAUGAGACCUUAUUAUCAGAGAAUCCUGUCCUAGAAGUCAUUGCCAACACAACCUCUCCCUUCACGUCAACCAUAACGUCAUCCACUCAUCAGAUCGUACGCGACAUAAACACAUUUAAUCCCAACUUAAGACGUGCCUCCACUUCGACACCAGUGCCAGAAGUGAUCGCCGGUUUGCCUCUUGGAGUCGACAAAUCCGAUCAAAUAGUGUCUGAAAAGCUGAUCCGACCGCCGACGGGUUCCGGUGAACCACUAUAUGGCGAGCGACUGCCUAAAUACAUACCGCCCGCCCUCUACCAGAAGUACCCGAACAACGAUAUCGUGAACGCGGACACCGUUACCCUCAAUGACGAGGAAAUAGCCGACGAAGCCCUCUAUGACGACGAGAUCGCACUCAACCACUCAUCGCCUAUAGAUGUGAUGAAUAGGUUUGCGUUGACGACAACCACUAGUCAUGGAUUGGAGACGACGACCGCCAGCAAUACCUGUGCGGAGAAUGAGUUCGAGUGCGCGUCCGGUGAGUGCAUACCCGCCAGAGCUCACUGUAAUCGUCGGUUCGAGUGUUCCGACGGCUCCGAUGAGAGGCAGUGCACGUGUGCUCACUAUCUGAGGGCUGAGCGACAGUUCAAGAAGAUCUGCGAUGGAGUUAUAGAUUGCUAUGAUAUGAGCGAUGAGAUGAACUGUUCCUACUGUACCGGCAAUUAUGUCUGUCCGCAGAGUAAUGUAUGCAUUGAUAAGACAAAAGUCUGUAAUGGAGAUAACGACUGUCCAAAUGGUGAUGACGAGAGUGAAUGCAUAUCAUUGGUGCCAAACGAUCAGACCCUGGAUAAGACGGGCCGGUAUUUUAACUCUGAGGGCGCGCUAUACAUACGCCAGAAGGGAAAGUGGGCCCCACUUUGCUUGGAUGACAUCAAUAUGAACAACGACUUAGACAUCCAGAGGAACCGGCGUUCAGAGGACUUGUGGAAGAUUGAGGACUUGGGGAAAGCCAUUUGUAGGGCCAACUCGUACAGCGAUUUGCAAAGCAUUCAACUCACGAGUCUCUCCAACUAUAACUCCAAUGAGUUCUUCAAAAUGGAACCGUUUAGCGACCGGAUCUCACCAUCACUUUCCAUGUGGAGUUCCCUCUUUGAAAGGUCUGAAUGUGUGUCUAAGAGAGCGACUUAUGUGAAGUGCAAAGAUUUCGAAUGUGGUGUUCGCCCCGUCACGAACGGCAUCAGACGACGGAUCGUUGGGGGCCAGAGUUCAUCGCAGGGCUCCUGGCCCUGGCAGGUGGCCCUAUACCGGGAGGGAGAGUUCCAGUGCGGAGGUGUUAUCAUAGACUCGCAAUGGCUUCUCACAGCCGCUCAUUGUUUUCAUGCCACUCGUGAGGCCUACUGGACGGCCAGGUUUGGUAUAUUAAGGCGCGGGAAUGUAUUCGCCAGUCCUUAUGAGCAGAUCCGCCGCAUUACACAUGUGAUUGUGCACAAGGAUUAUGUGGACAAAGGCUUUAUUAAUGACAUCGCCUUAUUAAGGCUUAACGAACCCAUCAAUUAUAGCAAACACGUCCGUCCCGUGUGUAUGCCAUCAGAAGCUGAAGACGUGUCCAAAUGGCACCGACAGCUCUGCACUACAGUUGGUUGGGGCAAACUGUUUGAGCAUGGUCGUAUAUUCCCCGAUACAUUACAAGAAGUGAAACUACCCGUCAUAUCAACUGAGGAGUGCCGCAAACGAACCCUAUUUUUGCCGCUCUAUAAGAUCACUGAUAAUAUGUUUUGCGCCGGUUAUGACAGAGGGGGACGGGAUGCCUGUCUGGGCGACUCCGGCGGACCCUUAAUGUGCCAGAAGAGGAACGGCAAAUGGUUUCUACUGGGAGUGACCAGUAAUGGUGACGGCUGUGGUCGAGCUGGUCGUCCCGGCGUCUACACUAAAGUUGCCAAAUAUAUGGAUUGGAUCGACAGUGUUAUAAGUAGUGAUUUGUCGCCUGAGCUGAACCGGCCGUGCGAUGGCCUCAGAUGUCCUUUGGGCCGGUGUCUCAAGAAAGAGCACAUCUGUAACGGUAUUAUGGAUUGCAGGGACGCCUCCGAUGAGCAAAACUGCACGGAUAUGACUAUCAGAAAGUUUUAUAGCAAUAAUAACAAUAAGAGUGAAACCUAUUCUAAUACUUAAAGUUUAGGCAAUUAUUUAAAUUAUAUUUUUUUAUAUUACGUGAAAAAACACUUUUUUAAACAUUCACAAUUCAUCCAAAC